AUGACUUCCUCACGACCACCGGGUUCUCCACCAUUACGCGCGAGUUCUAGAACUCCAAGUCUAAGAGGUCAAUCUAUAUCGCAGUUCACACCAACACAUCCCAGCGGAUUGAGGGAAUCUUAUACCCUUGCUACCAGUCCGGAGACGACGAGACAUCUUGGAGGGGAUGGUACAGACGAUAGGCAUGACGAAAACUCGAGAAUUGAAGACGAGCAACCUUCACCACAUGCACAUCCUACCCGCCCCAAUACCUCUACUGGUACAGAUGAUGAACUAAACGAACAUGCACAUAAACAUACCGGGUUCGGGAGGAAUACUGAUGAGACGACCGCGUUACUGAGGAAGCCCCUUGAAAUGAUUGGUAAUGAUGCACAUCCUGGACCUUGCAACCAUGGAACUUUCAGUCCGAGGCUGGAGAGUCGUGCGGACAGUAUAAGGAGCUUCGGGGGUUCUGCGCCAGUGUCACCAACUGGCAGCGGAGAGCCCAGCGAUGGAAUGAUUGGAGGCUUGCUGAAAGGCUUAGGGGUGAGGAAUGGAUCAAUGGCGAAGCCGAAGAGGAUGAGCACAACGAGUUGGCUCGCAGAGCAGCAUGGAAUCACCAACACUACUGUAAUAUGGGUUCAUCUUCAAGGCGAUUUGAUAGCUGCUAUCACAAUGGCUUCCUUCUACCUACCUAUGGCCCUCUCUUAUGCAGCGAAUCUCGCACACGUUCCUCCGAUCAACGGUCUUUACUCUUUUGUUUUCAAUCCACUUAUAUAUGCUAUACUUGGAAGUUGUCCGCAGAUGGUUGUUGGACCCGAGGCCGCUGGAAGUUUGCUAGUUGGUACAGUCGUUAAAUCUAGUGUGGAUGUAGGACUUGGAGGAGAAGAAGACGAUUUAAUGCACGCGAGAGUGGCUGGUGUUGUUACUGGUAUGGCAGGGGCAGUUAUUUUUAUUGCUGGUUUGACUCGCCUGGGCUUUCUAGACAGUGUUCUCAGCAGACCAUUUUUACGAGGGUUUAUUUCCGCUGUUGGUUUCGUCAUCAUGGUUGAUCAGUUGAUACCCGAGAUGGGAUUGGCGGAAUUGGCAGAUGAAGUAGGAGGUGUCGCUCAUGGUAGUAGUGUUGACAAGUUACGGUUUUUGUUUCAUAAUGCUGGUGAAGCGCAUAAGCUUACCUGUAUCGUUGCCGGUGUGAGCUUCCUAAUAAUCAUGAUUUUCAGAGAGAUGAAGAAGCGCCUUCAGCCUCGAUAUCCAGGUGUUGCAUAUAUACCCGAUAGAUUUCUAGUUGUGGUUACUUCAGCUAUUCUAGCCUGGCAAUUUAAUUGGGAAGGUCUAGGUUUAGAGAUCCUCGGCGAGGUGAAAUCGACAGGGGGUACUCCAUUUACUUUCAGAUGGCCAUUUCAAAUGUCUCAUAUGAAGCAUGUUCGAGAAUCUAUGGGAACAUCGUUUUUGAUUGCACUCCUUGGCUUCUUUGAGUCAUCCGUGGCGGCGAAAAGUCUUGGUGGCGCAGAGGGCAAAGAUAUGAUUCAAGGCAUACAACUUAGUCCGAAUCGAGAAUUGGUUGCUCUCGGAGUUGCAAAUUUGGUUGGUGGUUGUUUUCAAGCAGUACCAGCUUUUGGUGGUUAUGGACGAAGCAAAGUUAAUGCUAGCACUGGUGGAAAAACUCCUAUGAGUAGCAUUUUCUUGAGUUUGUUGACCGUUAUCUGCAUUUUAUUCCUCUUGCCUGCGUUCUACUAUCUUCCGAAAGCAGUACUCUCCUCUAUGAUUACGGUAGUAGCCUAUUCUCUAAUUGAAGAAGCGCCUCACGACAUAGCGUUCUUUAUUCGAAUUCGUGGAUAUACGGAAUUAGGCCUCAUGCUCAUCAUCUUCGCCUCCACAAUUUUCUACUCACUUACUCUCGGUAUCGCCAUUGGAGUUGGUCUCUCCCUUCUCUCCGUCAUUAAACAUUCUACUCGUCCUCGUAUCCAGAUUCUAGGUCGGAUACCCGGUACCAAUCGCUUCGAAAACGCGGAGGAUAACCCAGAAAAAUUAGAAUUCAUCGAAGGCUGUCUCAUUGUUAAAAUUCCAGAGCCUCUCACCUUUGCCAACACCGGUGAAUUAAAAAAUCGCUUGCGAAGACUAGAAUUAUACGGCACGACUGGUGCUCACCCCGCACUACCCCGCGUCCGUUCUCCUGAACAUAAUAAAAAUAUCAUCUUCGAUAUCCACGGCGUCACAGGACUCGAUGGUUCAGGCACACAGGUUCUAGAGGAAAUUGUAAGAGGAUAUCGAAAUAGAGGUGUUAGAGUAUUCUUCUCCCGUGGUCCUCAGGAAGGAACCCCCAUUUGGAAAUUAUUGGAGAGAAGUGGCAUCUUGGAAACUUGUGGGGGCAGAGGUCAUUUUGUGAGGGAUGUGGGUGAGGCGUUGAGGUUGACGGAAAUGGAGGGCGAUGUAGAUGGGGAUGUAGAUGCUGGGUAUACUAAUUUGGUGGGGGGUGAGGUGGGUAGAUGA